UCCUGUGAUGGCUAAAUAAGAACAGUGGCAUUAACCUCGAGGUCUCUGAAAGGUUGUAAUUGUGCUGGACUUCACGCAUCCUUUGAAUAUGUUCCUGCGAGUGGCGGCCAUCCUGAUUCUCACUGUGGUGUCAUGUUCUGGAAAUCCUGUGACGGAGUUCGAGGACUGCGGUUCUACUGUUGGUGAAAUCAACCACAUAGACAUAACGCCCUGUGAGUACAGCUCCCGGUGUUCAAUUCCCCGGGGCAGCAGCGUCACUCUCGCCCUCAACUUCACCGCAAAUGCCGAGAUCACUUCAGCUAAAACCUCCAUAGCCGGAAUAAUUAACGACAACUUGUACCCAUUUCCGGUUCCGCUUGAUGCGUGUCAGCACAUGGAGUGUCCGUUACAGAAGGGAAGCCAGGCUUUCUACAAGAACUCAUUCUUCCUAUCAGCAGUACUACCACCGAUAAAUGCCACGGCCAAGUUCGAGCUGCUUGAUCAACUCGAGAGACGCAUCGUUUGUUUCACUGUUAAUGUAAAGCUGGCUUGGUGAUGUCAGCUGUCCAUAUCUAUAGUGAAUAAACAUCUUUUCGAACCAAA